CCUCCCAGAGGUGAUUGCGCCUGAGAGAAAGGUCGCCUUCAACCAGCGGUUGAUGUGGACUGGUGUCACCUUGUUGAUCUUCCUCGUCAUGUCUGAGAUUCCGCUCUAUGGGAUCGUCUCCUCUGACUCUUCCGACCCUCUCUUCUGGCUCAGAAUGAUGUUGGCCUCCAACAGAGGGACCUUGAUGGAGUUGGGUGUCUCGCCAAUCGUGUCUUCCGGGAUGGUUUUCCAGUUGUUGCAGGGUACCAAGUUGAUCAACAUCAACAUGGAGAACAAGCAGGAUCGUGAGCAGUUCCAGACUGCCCAGAAGUUGUUUGCCAUUUUGUUGUCUAUCGGCCAGGCUACCGUCUACGUGUUAACCGGUAUGUACGGUCCACCAUCGGACUUAGGCACCGGUGUGUGCUUGUUGUUGAUUCUCCAGUUGGUUUUUGCCGCGACUGUCGUUAUUCUCUUGGACGAGUUGUUGCAGAAGGGUUACGGUUUGGGCUCGGGUAUCUCCUUGUUCACCGCCACCAACGUCGCCGAGCAGAUCUUCUGGAAGGCUUUUGCGCCAACCACCCAGAACACCGGUAGAGGUACCGAGUUUGACGGUGCUGUCAUUGCCUUGUUCCACUAUCUCUUCUCCUCCAAGGACAAGAAGAGAGGCUUGAUCCGGGCCUUCUACAGACCAAACUUGCCUAACAUGUUCCAGUUACUCUCCACCUUGGUUGUCUUCUUCACCGUCAUCUACUUGCAGGGCUUCAGAUUGGAGUUACCAGUCAAGUCCACCAGAUCCAGAGGCUCCAACGGCUUGUACCCAAUCAGAUUGUUCUACACCUCCAACGUGCCAAUCAUGUUGCAGUCCGCCUUAACCUCCAACUACUUCAUCAUUUCCCAGAUACUCUUUUCGGGUUUCCCAUCCUCUCCAAUCAUCAAGUUGUUGGGGACCUGGGAGUCCCGUCCGGGUUCCCAUCAGUUAUUUGCUGCCUCCGGUAUCGCCUAUUAUAUCCAGCCUCCAAUUUCCUUCACUGAGGCUGUGUUGGACCCUAUCAAGCUUGUCAUCUACGUGGUGUUCGUCUUGACUGCCUGUGCCGUCUUUUCCAAGACGUGGAUUGAAAUCUCUGGGACCUCUCCAAGAGACGUCGCUAAGCAGUUCAAGGAGCAGGGCUUGGUCCUUGUCGGUCACAGAGAAACCUCUGUCUACAGAGAGUUGAAGAAGGUCAUUCCUACCGCCGCCGCCUUCGGUGGUGCUACCAUCGGUGCCUUGUCCGUUGCUUGUGACUUGUUGGGGACCUUGGGUUCCGGUACCUCCAUCUUGUUGGCGGUCACCACCAUCUACGGCUAUUACGAGUUGGCCAUGAAGGAGGGUGGCUUCUCCACCAAGGGCAUGAUCAGCGGCUUUGGUGAAAUGUGAGCUUCCGAGGAUCAAUACAACUAGGAUGGUUCAUGCGAUCAAAUACUCGUCACGGAUAAUCGGCGCUAUAUCAUGUUUGAUAGCUCUUGAAGCCCCGCUUUCACUUUUCAUAAAAAAAAUCACGAUGCACCCACAGGGUCAUUGCUUCAUGGAGACUUGUCUCCUACCUUUUUCUCACCUUUCAUUAUGUACUUGUGUAUGUACUGCAAUUUUUGUAUUUCGAAAAACCAUUAGAGUGUAGCGCACUGAUGACCUAGC